CCUGCAGCACCGGAGAUGCCCGGGGGCUCCGCCUACCGGCCGCAGGCGUCUCGCGCGCGGCCCCGCCCCUAUAUUAAGGGUGGCCGCGGCGUACGUCUCGGAGUGGGGUUGCUGUGUUUGUUUAAGCUGCUUCGUGGAGCCGGUACCAUGGCAGACCAGUCUUUUGUGACUCUAGCCACAAAUGAUUCCUAUGUGAAAGGAGCGCUUGUACUUGGUUCAUCCUUGCAACAGUCUGGAACAACGAGGAAGCUGACUGCACUCAUAACUCCUCAGGUUUCUGAUCCAAUGAGGAAUACACUAGAGAAAGUAUUUGAUGAAGUCAUUUUGGUAGACAUCUUGGAUAGCAGGGACUCAGCACAUUUAGCAUUACUGAAAAGACCUGAGCUGGGUAUCACAUUAACGAAGCUUCACUGCUGGGAACUGACACAGUUUUCAAAAUGUGUUUUCAUGGAUGCAGACACAAUGGUUUUGUCAAAUAUCGAUGAGCUUUUUGAGAGAGAAGAGUUGUCUGCAGCACCAGAUCCAGGCUGGCCUGAUUGUUUUAAUUCUGGAGUUUUUGUUUACCGACCUUCCAUUGAAACAUACAAUCAGCUGUUACAGUUUGCCACAGAGAAAGGCAGCUUUGAUGGUGCAGACCAGGGGUUAUUAAACACCUUCUUCAGCAGCUGGGCAACAACAGACAUGAACAAACAUCUACCAUUUAUUUAUAAUUUGAGCAGCACUUCUGUAUACUCUUACCUUCCAGCAUUUAAAGCAUUUGGUUCAAGUACUAAAGUGGUGCAUUUUCUGGGAAGCACAAAGCCAUGGAACUAUACAUAUGACUCCAGAACAAAGAGUGUAGAAGGCAAUAUCAAUGAUCCUAAAAUUGUUCACCCAGAAUUCCUCAACAUGUGGUGGGAUACCUAUACAGUUAAUAUUUUACCCUUGCUAGAACAGAAAGAAGUUGAUGAAGAAAAUACCACAGGUGUAAACAUGCUAUCAGGCUUGAUCUGUACUCUGGCUUUCUCUUGUGGCUUUUGUAGAGAGGCAGAGGUUACAGAGGCAGUGUCCCAUAUGUCGGUAUCAGCACCAUCACCAGUAUUACCAAGCAUAUCUUCAGAAGAACGCAAGGCUCGGUGGGAACAAGGCCAAGCUGACUAUAUGGGAGUGGAUUCUUUUGACAACAUCAAGAAGAAACUGGAUUCCUACCUUCAGUAGAAGUGCCAUUUUCAAACACUGGCACUACAAGGACUUGUUUCAGAACUAACAGCUAGAAAUGUUGUAGAUGAUGGACAAUUAUGCUUGCUAGUAGCUUGAUGGAAAAAAUUCUUGGCUGAAGGCCACUGCAGUGCUACAGAUAAAGACUGAGCAAGAGCUAGGAAGCAGAAUUCCUUGGGCCAAUUGUAACUGCCCAGUAACUAGUUUUUCUUACAAGAUCUAAAAAAAAAAAAAGCAUUUUAAACUACAUUUUUCUUAUGUUGUGAUCAGCUGGCUCAAUGUAUUAACUGAAACUGGGUUUGCACCUUAACUCAUUAAGCUGAUUAGCACUGACUCCUUUGCUUGCUAUUUUAGAUCUAAAAUGUGAUUUAUGAUUGCCAUUCUGCUUUACCAUUAGUGAGAGAUAACAGUAAUAGCACUGCUUUGAUCUUCUAGUCACAACUGCACUGAAGUUUUGACCAGGUUUUUACACAUAGUGCCUACAGCAUGGCAGAAUGCAUUUGUUCAGUUCUGUAUUCUUCAGGCUUAGUAAACUGAGUUUUUCUGUUACUUGAAAUCUUCAUGCAAAAAUAAAAACUUGUCAUGCUUUUC